AUGUACGUAAUGAAACAUCAGCGAUUGGUAAUGAUUAUAGAACAUGGUUGUGAACUUAUCUCUAUAAUUAGCCCCUUUAUUUCUUUCAUACAUUUUCAUUCUUCACGCAAAAAGCUCAAAAAUAUAUUUCGGUUGUUAGAUUCUUCGCUGUAUAAUAAAAAACUAAGAAUAUGGAAAAAAGAAGGAUUUUUAUGUCUUUUGGCUAUUAUUUAUGGAAUUAUAUUGACAUUACUAAGAAUAUUAGAUUUAAGAACUUACGAUAGAGAUGUUUAUUUUGAAAGAUAUAUGUUCGAUGUAGACAUAACACAGUUAUCAAAUAUGACAUGUGAUGGUCUUGUUAUUGCUGAUUUCUUAACAUAUAUAUGGAUAAUUGUUGUACCGAAAGUUCUAUUUUACGUUCUAUUUUCAUCACUUUGUAAUUUCAUUAAGAUAGAAUUUCUAUCUUUCAAUAAGUGUAUACAAAAUUUGCAAGAAUGUACUUGUUCCAGAGGAAAAAUGAUCAAAUUGGCUUAUCAUUAUAUAAAUGCAUGCGAAGCAGUUUUAAUAAUUGAUAACAUUUAUUCCUCAUUACUAUUUUGGUGGUUUGCUGGAGCAUUAAUUGAUAUCACGUUCUCAUGUUUCGAUAUUAUUGAAAAAUCCGAUUUUCUCGAAACUCUAGUUGAAAAAAUAUAUUACGUUUCUAUAAUAUUUUUCGAGAGCGCAUUCUUUAUCAUCUUAACAGUUCAAGCAUCAGAUGUUACGUUAGAAUCUCAAAAAGAGAUUAAUCAAUUAUUUAGGCUCUCUACUUAUUCUAUGAACUAUUGCCCUGAAGAUAGGGAAGCGAGUCGAAUUCUUCUGUUGAGAUGUAAUUUACUACCGCCCCAAUUUACAGCUUGGAAAGCUUUCUAUAUUACAAGAUCUUUCAUUUUUACUGUAUUCGGAUUAAUAUCUACAUAUUUGAUUGUGUUAUUUCAACUACAAGCACCUCCUGGUAACAAAAAUUCAGAGGAAACUUGA